UUUUUUCCCUGCUGACUGUUAAGAUCUCCUGUAAGGAACUGCAACAAUGCCCAAAAGAAAGGCUGCAGGUCAAGGUGAUAUGAGGCAGGAGCCAAAGAGAAGAUCAGCUAGACUGUCUGCUAUGCCUGUGCCUAUUAUACCAGAGCUGAAGCCCAAAAGAUCAUCAACUCCAAGGAAAAUAAAGACAAAAAAUGAUUCAGUGGAAAAAACCACAGAUACAAGUAUCAAAGCAGUCCCUGAAACCAAGCAAGAAGAGGUUGUUAAAGAAGAAUACAACAGUGAAAAUGGAGAAGCAAAAAUCAUAGAGGCACCAGCUUCUGAAAAAGAAAUUGAGGAGAUAGAAGAAGAAAAAACUGAAGAUGUUGAAGAAGAGAGAAGAGAAAAGAAAGAAGCAGUGGCCCCAGAAGGAAAAGAAGAUCAGAAAGGAGAUGAAGAAAGUAAAAGCAAAGAAGAAGAGAAAGGAGAAGAUGAAAAAGAAGACAAAAAUGAAGAAGGUAAAGAAGAAGGUGGAAAAGAGGACAAAUAUGGAAAUAAGAAAGGAGAAUGUGGUAAAGAAGUCAGUAAAGAGAGUAAAGAUGGAAAAGAAGGCAAAGAUAAAAAAGAGAGAGAAGACAUAAAAGAGAAAGGAGAUGGAAAACAGAAUGAAGACAAAAAAGAGGAUGAAGAUGUGAAAACAGACAGAAAAGACAAAGGAGAUAAAAAAGAGGAAAAAGAUGGAAAAAUCAAAGAAAACGAUGAAGAGGAAGAUGGAAAGGAAGAAAAAGGUGGAAAUGAGGAAGAGGCUGGAAAAGAAGAGGAAGAAGGAAAAGAAGAAAAAGAAGGAAAAGAGAAAGAUGGAAAAGAAGAAAAUGGAAAAGGAGGUGGGAAACAGAGAGAAGAUGAAAACAAAGCUGAAAUUGGAAAAGAAGCCAAAAAAGAAGAGCUUGAAGAAGAAAAUGGGGAAAAGACAAGUCUCUGA